AUGGAAGACCGGCGCCUUGUCCAUGGAGCUGUGCCGCCGUUGACAGCCGUUGAGAGAUUCUUAUACGGUCAAAAGAACGAUGUCUUGUGUUCCAAGAAAAAAGAGUGUUCUAGAGACCGACCGAUCGUGAAGACGAAAAUGUCGAUUGAGACUAGAAGCGACAACAAAGAGAACACAACGUUUGGGCCGACGAGGGAGAAACAUUUGGUCCUUAAUGGCGGCAACAGAAGCCCUAUUGGAGAACUGGUCGCUAGAAGUGCAGCCAGAGAUUAUCAAAACAGUCCGAAGAAACGAUCUUACAAGAACCUCAUCAAAGGGCAAUGGACGGCGGAAGAAGACAGGAAGUUGAUAAGGUUGGUGAGGCAACAUGGGGAGAGGAAAUGGGCACUGAUAUCGGAGAAACUUGAGGGAAGAGCAGGCAAACAAUGUCGUGAGAGAUGGCAUAAUCAUCUCCGUCCUAAUAUUAAGGGUUCUGACAUAUGUCCCUCGAUCUCUACGUUUUUGCCAAAACAAACAAAAAAUAAUCAGAAAGAUGGAUGGAGUGAAGAAGAAGAGAAGGUUCUUGUGGAAUCGCACAUGAGAAUCGGGAACAAAUGGGCAGAGAUAGCUAAACUCAUACCAGGACGGACUGAGAAUUCUAUCAAGAACCAUUGGAAUGCGACCAAGCGACGUCAAAAUUCAAAACGCAAACACAAACGCGAAUCAAACGCUGAUAACAAUGAUACCGAUGUCUCUCCAUCAGCUAAAAGGCCAUGCAUUCUCCAAGACUACAUCAAAAGCAUCGGGAGUAAUGACAUUAACAAGAACAAUGACGAGAACACCAUCAGUGUUCUUUCUACACCUAAUCUCGAUCAGAUCUAUUCUGAUGGAGAUUCCGCAUCGUCCAUGCUUGGCGAUCCAUAUGACGAAGAGCUGGUUUACCUUCAAAAUAUCUUUGCAAACCAUCCGAUUUCUCUUGAGAAUAUAGGUUUGAGCCAAACUUCCGAUGAGGUAACUCAGUCUUCAGCAACUGGUUUCAUGACCAAGAACCCUAAACCUAACUUGCACAACAACGUUGGAACUCAUCAUCAAGAGGCAGCGAUCACAGCUCCGGCGAAUACACCCCACCUUGCGUCUGAUAUAUACUUAUCUUAUUUGUUGAAUGGGACGACGCCGUCCUACUCCGACACUCAUUUUCCGUCUUCCUCAUCUUCCACGUCAUCCACCACCGUAGAGCACGGAGGCCGCAACGAGUUUCUUGAGCCUCAAGCUAACUCUACAAGUGAAAGAAGAGAAAUGGAUCUGAUAGAGAUGCUCUCUGGUGUGAAGCUGUUGGAACAGGUGUGA